UUAAACAAAAGUGAAAGUGAAAUAGGAUUUUGGACCACUCUUGAAUGACUGUCGGGUUUCACGAACAUUUUUAACAGUUUUAUACUUACUAUUAGCCUUUAUUUUAUUUAUUUUUUUACAGUUUUAUGGUGUUUCACGGCAGAAGUACUUGGGGUUUUUGGUGCCGAGUCCGGUUCGGUGGUUUAUACCUAAAGAUGGCCAACACGCAUUGGGAGUCCAUCCAAGCAGGCUUGAUGAAAGAGGAUGAGGAGGACAAGAUGGUGGACAUAUUACAAGAAAGAAGACACAGUAGUGACCUGGGCCACGCCUUCAGAACCUUCAACCCCCGCCUGUACAAAGGGGCGCCACCGUGCUCUGCCGCCGACCUCAACAGGACUGUCCUGGACUCCCAGGAUGUACGCCGCGUGGUGCAAGAGGUUGCCAUGGAGACAGGUUCAUCACUGGAGGCAGUGACAGAAGAAGCCGCGGGUAUUUUAAAGGAGAUGUCACAAAACCUGCACCUGGGUUUCAUCCGCCUGAUGGGCUUCAUGCUCAGCAAAGUGCUCAAACGCCUCUACUCCAGCAUCUAUGUCAACAUGGAAGCCCUCCACAUGGUUAAACUUGCACUACUAUUAAGGUUUCAUUUUUUCCCUCUGCCAAAGUUGCUCAAAUUUUGUUCUUUGCAGCUGCAGCAGGUGGUUGCUGACACUCCUGUCGUCCUGCUGCCCAAUCACAGGAGCUACACAGACUUCCUGGUUAUCUCCUACAUCAUGUUCACCUACGACAUCCCGCUGCCUGUCAUUGCUUCUGGACUGGCUCUGGCCGGGAUGAACUUCGUAGGCGAAAUGCUGCGUCGCUCAGGAGCGUUCUACAUCCGUAGGGACAUUGCGUCCAACAGGCUGUACUGCGCAGUGCUGUCGGAGUACGUCAAAAGCCUCAUCAGAACAGGAUUCGCUCCGGUGGAGUUUUACAUCGAAGGCUACAGGAGUCGCUCUCUGAAAUCCUUGACACCGAAGUUAGGUAUGAUGCACAUGGUGCUGGAUCCCUUCCUGAAGGGUGAGGUGCACGACAUCACCUUUGUGCCCAUCAGCAUCAGCUACGACCGGCUUCUAGAAGAAUCUCUGCUGGCGCGGGAACUGCUGGGGAUCCCCAAACCGAAAGAGAGCACCCUAAGUCUACUGAGGGUCAGCUGGGUCCUGACGGAGGACUACGGCUGCAUGCACGUCAAAUUUGGUCGUCCCAUGUCGGCCACACAGCUGUGUCACGGCAGGACAAUGAAGCCAGAAGUGAAAGAGGAACAAGAACAAGACAGAGAAGAAACAGCAAAAGACCGAGAAGUUCCUGAGUACCAGGUGUGGGUCAACUGGCUGGCUCAUGUGAUGGUUCGCAUCCAAGAGCGGGGCUCCUUCACCAGCCCUUGGUCUCUCAUGGCCUGCCUGCUGCUCCAAGAACCCGCCUCCGUCCUGACAGACAGCGGCCUCGCCUGGCAUGGGCUUGCUGAGAGGACGCUGUGGCUCAAGAGGCUGGCGUUGGAAUUUGGGGCUCGGCUACACUGGCCUGGACACGUCUCUGACUGGGAAGUGAUGUCAUCCGCCGUGGCUCUACACCACCCCUCUGUCCGCCUCCAGGAGCAGCAGAUCUUUCUGGUUCUGGAGGAGGCGGCAGCAGCUAGCCAGCAGCCAAUAAGCGCUGAGGACGAGGUCAACAAGAUGGCGGCGCCCAUGUUGAUGAUGGCGUCCUACCGCAAUCAGACGCUGCAUCUGUUUGUACGGCCCGCCCUGUUGGCCGCGGCGUUGAAGCUUGCAGGGCGUAGUUGCAGAGAUGAGAUCUUUGCUUCCUUCUGCUUCCUUCAGGAUGUUUUCCGGAGUGAAUUCAUCUUCAUUCCUGGCAAAGCCUUGGAGGACUUUGAGGAGGCGUGCUCUCUCCUACAGCAAUGUGGCGCCUUGCAUGCCGCCGACCAACAGGAGGUGACGGCGUUAGAGGACGGUGUAGAGGUGUUGUCCUUCCUGCGUGGGCUCCUGCAGCCUUUCAUUGACUCAUAUCUGGUCAUGAUGAGCUUCUUGUGUGAGCAGGAUGCUAACGAGAUCACAGAGAAAGACUUCCUCCUUGCAGUGAGGUGUCUGGCCUCAAAGCUCAUCCUAUCAGGUGAUCUCCACACCUAUGAGACCCUCUCGUCGGACAUGCAAAAGAACGUCCUGUCGUCCCUCAGGGGACUGGCGGCCGUGACAAAGUUGAAGGCGUGUGAGCAGAAGAAGUACAGCGUGGACAAAGAAGCAGUGAGAAGAAUCGCAGAUACACUCUACUGCUUUUCUCCUCCCAUGACUCGAGCUGGGAAAAUCCGCCCCCAGAUUCUCCAGACUGACCCUGACGCAAGACUUUAGUCCUUGUUGGAAGACGUCCAAGCUCAGUAGCAGACCACAUCGUCGCUCUCACCUUAGAGUGAACCCUUACGCCUUUUGGCUUUGUUCCUCCAUCGCUGGUAGAGCUUCAAAGAUGUGGUCAGAAGAUAUCCAAGUGUUAAUGAUGGCACAUUCAUCAUCAGAUUAUUUUUUAAAGUGUGUUUCCUGCUAUGGCUGCAAAUUUAACAUGAUAACAUAUGUGAUUAAUUACAAAAAAAUAUUGCAUUAAUCAUGUACAAACAAAGAGCGAUCACAUACGUGCGCCUUCAUCGUGACCACUGAUGGUUACCUGAAAGGCGGCAUGGGUUGCUGUGUGAAAAGAUGAGUGAGGAGACUACGACUGGUGGCCCACCCCAACGGGACUUUCGAUAAAACCAAGGUCAUUUGCACAUAUUGCAACGAUGAAUUCUCUUAUCACAGUUUAAAAUAUUAUAUUUAAAAAGCAAAGCAAGUUUUUGAGUCUUCUGCUAGUGAGAACGCUACUGUGAUAAAUCGUGAUUAAUCCAGAUUCAAAAGUGUAAAUAAUCUGAAAAAAAAUAAAAAUAAAAAAGAAUUAGAAAAAAAAGCUAAAUAAAGCUGCUUAAAAUUAGCAUAUAUUUAAAUAAAACAUUUUUUUUUAAAGUCACACAAUUUUGAGACUUUGUCAUAUGAAAUUGAUUGAUAUCAGAAGAUAUCCAACUGUCUGGGUCUGCGGUUGUUAAGGGAAGACUCAAAUGACAGCAUACAGACAGUUUGUGGAACUGAUUAGGUUAGAAAACACCUCUGUAUGCUAAUGCUGAUGAUUAGUUGAACUCAGAACAGAAAAUUAUUUUUUUAAUCAAAAGAUUAGUGACUUUCUCUUUUCUAACAAUGUGUUUGAUACUUUUCAAUCAGACUUUAGGCCCCACCACAGCACUGAAAGAGCGCUGAUCAAGGUGACAAAUGAUAUCCACCUGAACAGAGAUGCAGAAAAAAAUCCCAGUCUUGAUUCUGCUGGACCUGAGCGCUGCCUUUGACACACGGUUGACCAUACUAUCUUAAUGCAGAGGUUAGAAAACUGGGUGGGGAUAUCUGGUUUUGCUCUUAACUGGUUCAAAUCAGAUCUUGAUAACAGGAAAUAAAGUACUUGAAAUUGGUAACUGUUGUCUCUGACCAAAUGGCCAUGACCUGUGGGGUUCCUCAAGCCUCAAUUCUGGGACCCCUAUUGUUCAACUUGUACAUGCUGCCACUUGGCCAGUUAAUAAGCAGCUUCAAAGUGUGCUACCACAACUAUGCAGAUGACACUCAGAUCUACGUGUCACUGACGGCAGGUGAACGUCGGCCUGUUGAUUCACUUUGUCACUGCAUCGAACAAAUCGGUGUGUGGAUGAAUAACAAUUGACUUCAGCUAAACUAAGACAAAAAACAAAAUGUCCCACAGAAACUAAGAGAAACUGUUAUUAGUCGCAUUAUAAACCUCUCCCUGAAACCUAGUAUGGUAGUCAGGUUAGAAAUCUAGGGGUAAUAAUGGACUCAGACUUGAAUUAUAACAGCCACAUUAAGUCAAUAACAGCAGCUUUUUAUGACCAGAAAAACAUUGACAAAAUCAGAGAAAUAAUGUCUAAAUCAGGCUUAGAAAGACUAGGCCAUGCCUUUGUCUCCAGCAGGUUCAACUGCUGUAAUGGCCUUCUCACUGGGCUCUCUAAUUGAGCUGUAAAGCAGCUGAACUACAUCAACGAUGCUGCUGCUCGAGUCCUGACUAGAACCAGGAUGAAUGACCACUUUAGUCCAGUGCUUAGGUCACUGCAGUGGUUUCCUGUUGCUCAAAUAAUAGACUUUAGAAGAUCUCAGCUUGUGUACAAGUAUGUUCAUGGUCUUCUGCCAAAGUACAUCUCUGACAUUUUAGAACCAUAUGGGCUCUUAGAGCCUCAGGGAGUGGUCUGCUAGCAGACUAUCGGACUGUGCUCCAGUAUGCGCCCAUCAGAGGCUGCGUUUUAAUUGUAUUAUGACACAUUUAAGUUCUAUUCAGUAAUUAAUAAUUACUAAAUAAUUAUCUUCGUAUUACUAAUUAUGAGCAUGAGGUCAGCUACGUUAUCAUGAUGUGUUCAAUGUGGUCUUGUAAAAUGUGUUAUUAUUAGUGGGACAUUUGAACAGCCUAAAUACAAAGAUAUUACAUGUUCAAAGAUUUCUUGUUGUUUUCAUUGUAAUAUAAAAAAUAUUUUCUCUCUAGGCUUUUUUUUCUCUCUCUCUUGUCGCACUGCCUCCCUUCUCCGUGUCUGCUCUGCUUGCCUCUUUGUUUCAUCCUGUCUUGUUUAACUUAUUGUUGCCUCUUUUUGCACUGCUCUCCAAAAUCUAAACAAUGGAAUUGAUCAACUGGCCUCUCAACAAAAUUGACGAGAUCUCGGGUUCAGAGGAACCUGUCUGUCCUGUCAGAACGGUUGUGGAUGGACACACAAUGGACUCUUAGGAGAAGAGAAGUGCCUGGUGAACCUACAGUCGAGGACAUUGAAGAUAUCUACCAAUUCGGAAAUAAGAUAACAGGACAUUUUCUGAUUGGAAUAAGCGUUGCCCUGGUGUAUCGACAAAUUGGAGGAUGCUGGCAGCCGUUCAAGGUGCCCCGUAGCUCCCACAAAGGAUUGAAGCAUGCGGGCUGAACUCUGGGCACUCAGCCUAUUGUGAUAUUGGAUAAAUUGCAAAUUAGACAACAUCAGACGCCGUCUGCCCUGCAGGAUGAAUUUGAGGACCAGAAAAGGACAAUUGGAGUGAAAAGCUUAAAUUUGUUUUCGCUGGCUGAAACACAACUAUUCUAGUCUUUAUUGUUUUCCCUGGCUGCAAGUGACCUUGCUUCAAGAUUCCCCUCGACAAUGCAGCGAAGACCAAACAAACGUUCCUGGGCUCAGUCAUGUUAUCCCCGUGACUGCGUGGGUUCCCUCCGGGUACUACGGCUUACUCCCACCUUCAAAGACAUGCAACUGGGGAUAGGUUGAUUGGCAACAUUGGCUAAAUGGUCCCUAGAGUGUGAAUGUGAGUGUGAAUGUUGUCUAUCUGUGUUGGCCCUGCGAUGAGGUGGCAACUUGUCCAGGGUGUACCCCGCCUUCCGCCUGUGUGCAGCUGGGAUAGGCUCCAGCACCCUCCUCGACCCCGUAAGGGACAAGCGGUAGAAAAUGGAUGGAUGGAUAAUGUGAAAUCACCACAAAAAUCUGGGACCUCGGGUACUAAGUUUCGUGCCAUCUCAUGUGGGCUGGUAUGACAAUAAUGUUUUCUUGAAUCUUCUCAGAUUAUUACUAGUACUACUAAAACUACUAGUUCAUGUGCAGGGGUAUUUUAUAUCUACUGUAUAUAGUAGUCUACCUUAAACGACAUAAAGCACGACAACCUGUAUCUGUCUAUUUUUAGGCAAUCAGAAGCCUGAAAAGGCCUCACAGAAAACGAUACCUUUCGUUCAAUAGUUUGUAGCUCAGGGGUGCUCACACUUUUUCUG